CUCUAAACUGGUGGCUCUCAUGGCAGUGGACCAGCGAACGCAGGCCCCGCGGUGGAUCUACACACAUUCAACGUAAAUAAUGGAGAAAUCGAAAUAGCAACAGAUUUCCUGUACCUUGGAUCAAGCAUCGUUCGGAGCAGAGACUGCGGUCAAGAAAUAAGAAGGCUAGGAUCGAAGGGAAGACUAGGGCAAGGCAACUACGAAGGAACUAGGCAAGGUCCUAAACUGCAAAGAUAGAAAAUGGAGCGCUAAAGUUAGAAUCAUCCAGUCCAUGGCAUUCCCAUCAUCAUGUCUGGAUGUGAGAGCGACAGUGAAGAAAGCAGGCAGAAAGAGAACCAACUCAUUUGAAAUACGGUGCUGAGGAAACUAUAGCCGCUCUGACAGCCUUUAGAGCUGAAGAGCAGGGUAUAAAUACAACAACAACAACAAUAACAACAAUAAAUGGACGGCCAAGAAGAUGAGCAAAUGGUUCCUUGGACAUAUCACACCUUUAAAGCUUUAAAUGUCAUCACUGUCACCUUGACUUCACAACCUAGAAGCCAAGAUGCUGAAAUGGAGGCUGUCGUAUUUUGGCCACAUCUUGAGAAGGAUUACCAUAAAUAAGGAUACGAAGGUACCCAAUGCCUGUCUGUUCACCAUCAACAAAGAAGAUCAUACCCUCGGGAACAUUAUUAAGUCGCAGUUGUUGAAAGACCCCCAGGUGCUCUUUGCUGGCUACAAGGUCCCUCACCCGCUGGAGCACAAGAUCAUCAUCCGUGUCCAGACCACUCCCGACUACAGCCCCCAAGAAGCCUUCACCAACGCCAUCACGGAUCUCAUCAGCGAACUCUCCCUCCUGGAGGAGAGGUUCCGAGUUGCCAUCAAAGACAAGCAAGAAGGAAUCGAAUAGCAGCCCGGAGUUGUAGCAUGCGUUCGCCAAUGAACCGUUUCGUGUUUUUCCCCCUUAACUAGCAGUAGUAAGUAGUAAAUACUUGUCCGAUGUUUAAACCUGAGGUUUAGUUAGCUUACCGUCGUAUGUUGGCUAAUAAAUUAUGCUUUUAUUUUUUGA